AUGAUGGCCUCGGCCUACCUCAACUCUGAAACCAAAAUUGGCUGCGUCUUCGGCACAGGUUGCAAUGGCGCUUACUUCGAAAAAGUCGACGCUAUUCCCAAGCUCGCCAACGAUAACUUGGACGGAGAAUCAUUCAUGGCGAUCAAUUGCGAAUGGGGUGCUUUCGACAAUGAGCAUGCUGUAUUGCCCUUGACAUCAUAUGACCUGGCCAUUGAUAACGACUCUCCGAGAAAGGGACAGCAGGCCUUUGAGAAGAUGGUUGCCGGACUUUAUCUCGGAGAGCUCUUCCGUCGUAUUAUUCUGGAGAUUCAUCAGAGGGAUCCGCAGACUUUCUUGGAGGGGCAGAGUAUUGAGAAACUACAAGAUACUUAUUGCCUUGACUCUUCUUUCCUAUCCUCUAUCGAAGAGGACACAUCAGAUGGUCUGCGAGAUGCCUACGAGACAUGCGUUUCAAGCCUGGGUAUCUCCCCAACACACGCGGAGCUUCAAUUUAUGAAAGGAGUCGCCAGACUCAUCACCGCCCGUGCUGCUCGUUUGUCAGCAACCGGUGUAGCAGCCAUCUGCCAGAAGCGUGAUCUGCAGGCAUGUCACGUUGGAGUCGAGGGCUCGCUGUUCGAGAAACAUCCCCAUUUCCAGUUGGAGUUGUCAAAGGCUGUCAGUGAGAUCCUUGCUUCUGAAGCUGCACCCGAGUCAAGAAAGGAUCAUGUGGAGUUUAUGCUUUCACCUGGUAGUGGCGUGGGCGCUGCUGUCAUUGCUUCCACCCUGAAACAGAGGUGA